AAACCUAAUUCGCAGCCUUCCAUCUUCGAAUUAACUGUAUUCGUCAUGAGCUCCUCAUCUUCCUCUUCACUGUCACAUACCUUUUCUGGUAGACACACAUAUGGAAUACCCACUAGUUGUUGGUGUGGAGCUAAUUUGACUACAUUUGGUGCUAAAACCAAGGAGAAUCUCUUCCGCAGGUUCUAUCGAUGCGAGAUUUGGCUCCAGCUCUCCACAACAAGAAAUUUGGAACAACAUGCAAAACAAAUCGACGAAACCCUACACCAGAUCAAGAUUCUUCUGGAUUCCAAGACUAACAGCUGUGGCAGUAAGGACAACGAUACUAUUGCGUCCCCACCGAUGUCCUCUUCUGUCAAUUCAUUGACCAACAUCGCCGUGGCAGCCAUUGCAGUUGGAACUAUGAUCUGGAUUUACACUAGGAUCAACUAG